CAAUCCGUAUAUACGGUCUUGACACAACAACCCAAGACUAUUACGGCCUGACAACCAAGAAUCAGUUGCAACGGGCCUAGGACGCUAGCAAUUCUUUUCCAACAUGGGCAAACAGACUAGAUGAUGCGGAUGCGGAUACUAUCAGCACCACAGGCUUACCUAAAGACGUUGCAUCGAAAGCUAAAGAAGGCACGCUGAGUAAAGAAGACGUAGACGCUGUGUGCGAGCGCUUGAAUGCAAACCCGGAUACUUACUACAAAAUUCCUGAGAAAACGAUGACGCUCGGUGCGGCGAUACAUGUCGCAUUGCUCGCAGGCGAAGAACGUGUAGCUACUAGCUUGGUGGAGAACAACAUGAAGGAGUUGUACCAGUACUUGCUGGAAGGUUGGCACGAUCCCGACAUAAGCGGAGACGAAACCAGAGAGUGGCUUCAUAAACGCCAGGGCCUGGAGCAUUGUCCAGGCAUAUGGAAUGUCCUCGUAUCGGCAAAACUCGGAGAAGUUCUCGGCGUGCGCGCAUCCGACGUGGAUGAAUAUGUCGAUGAGGGUUGCGCCCUCUUCGAAGAGCGCUCUACCAAAGGCCCAGUCCGAACGUAUCUAUCCAAAACCAUUGCCGAACUCGUAAAUAUGAUGGACAAAAACAUCCUCACCCAACGCGAAGACGACGGUCAAGACGCAGUACCCACUGUCCUUAACGACGGCGCAUCGGAAGCUCAAAUUGCCGCCCUCGAAGAACGCCUCUCGUCACCCGACGAAGACUCAUUUGUUGCGCUCCCCGGUGAAAAGCUUCCCGAUGACUACAAAGACUUCUUACGCGCGAGCAACGGCAUCGAAGAAGAUUUGUUCUUUAGCACAGAGGAAGUUGAUACGUCAGGAAGCUGGAUGCAUGAUAUGAGCUACACUCUGUUCCCUGACGAAGCAGACGGCCAUCUCCUUCACGGAAGCGAUAGAGACAUCGAAGAGAUCGAACUAGGCGAAUAUGCGUGCUUCACUAUCGGCACGGGUGACCACGAAGGCAACGUUACUCUUAUACCACCUGCUUCAGUCAGACCCAUCGUCGAGAAGUUCGAAAAGGUGUAUGCGCAAGCAAGCGAGACGAACAAGACAGUCUAUGAGCGCGCAGCCUUUGAUCUGUAUGGUGGUAUAGAUCAGCUCAGGGCGUUGGAGUGGCUGUGUAUUGAGUUUCAGCACUCCGCGUAUGAGGAGAGGAUUUGGGGUGGACUGAAGCCUUUUCUGGAGGAAUAUGUUAGGCGUGAAGUUGAUCAAUGGGAUGCAGUUGGGAGACGGGAAAGGAGAGAUGUGAAGAAGAAGCAGGAGGGCGAGGCUAAAAAAAGAAAGAGAGAAGAUGGUGAGCCUGAUGGGGUUAGUGACGAUACCAAGUCCCUUCGUAAGACGUAGGAUUGGUAUUUCGUCAUAUGGAAGCUGUGGCCCCACCUGUAUGCUCACUGUCAGCUUCGUUGUGGUGCAGUCGCGGCUUACUUAGUUCAGGCAGGAAGCAUUACUGGGAGCGAUGAUGCCUCGUUUUUUAGCCGGUAGUGUCGGCAAAACCUUUGCUGUGGCGUCCUGCGUAGCCUCACUACAGCAGUGGUCGUGCUGACCGAUAAGCAGAGGCCCAUUUAUCCAGGCCAGAGACGUCGGAGGUUGGAGCAGGAAGGGAAGCGGACUACCCCUGAAUAACGUUUCAAAGGCAGAAGGCAGAAGGCAGAAGGCUCUGGU